AUGGCUAGAUACGGUACUAUUUCUGCUGACCCAGCUAGAUCUGCUAAGGCUAAGGGCUCUUACCUCAGAGUUUCUUUCAAGAACACCAGAGAAACUGCCCAAGCCAUCAACGGUUGGGAAUUAAAGAGAGCUCAACAAUACUUGGAACAAGUUCUUGAUCACAAGAGAGCUAUCCCAUUCAGAAGAUUUAACUCUUCUAUCGGCAGAACCGCUCAAGGUAAAGAAUUUGGUGUUACCAAGGCUAGAUGGCCAGCUAAGUCUGUCAAGUUCAUCCAAGAAUUGUUGAAGAACGCUGAAGCCAACGCUGACGUCAAAGGUUUGGACACCACUAAAUUGUUUAUCUCCCACAUCCAAGUCAACCAAGCUCCAAAGCAAAGAAGAAGAACCUUCAGAGCUCACGGUAGAAUCAACAAGUACGAAUCUUCUCCAUCCCACAUUGAAGUCGUCUUGACCGAAAAGGCUGAAGAAGUUGAAAAGGCUGCCGAAAAGACUGUCGCUACUACUGCUUAA